AUUAGUACAUACAAAUUGAGAGACAUCAUUACAGAAUGUUUAAUAAGAUGGCAAUUUCAGAAGAUGCAAAAUAAUGCUUCUGGUUCAUUAAAUACAGAAUUCACUUUCUCUUUAAUCUUAUUGUUGUUGUUUUUGUUAAAUUGUUGUGUCCAUGUGCAAUAAAUCCAUAACAGUGUAACCAGUUUACUAACAAAUGAGUCCUCUGAGCUUUUUUUUUUUUUUUUUUAAACAAUCAUACAUGACAAGGUAUAUUGACUUACUUGCCACCCACUUAAAGUACUAAGACAGUCUAGGUAGAUUUUUUGUUUGUUUGUUUUUUAAGAUAUGUCAGCAGGAAUGUACUUUACAUGAUGAAUGCUAUACUCAUUUGCAGGCAGUGCAAGAAGUCAUGUGGACGAAAGAGGAAAAGCAUAAGGACCAAGUCCAUUUUUUCCCAUUCCCACGCAAGCCUUUUUAGUUGGAUGAAGUAUAUUCACAGAUUUUCACAGGGUCUCCAUAUGCGACAGGUGGAUAUGAUGCUAGAUGACAUCUCAAAUAGCAGUGCAACGCUGUCCAAGAUGUCCAUGAAAUUGCGAAGUGUGUGUGUGAGAAGUAUGCGGAGGCUCAGGGAAAAAAGAGGACAAAAAGUUGGUGGGCUCAACAUACGUGUACACAUUGACGAAAGCAAGUUUCGCCACAGACGAAAAUAUGCCAGAGGGCGUUUUGGAGGUGCAUGGAGAAGGAAAAGCUGGGUAUUUGGCAUGGUUGAGAUUUUGCCCUCCCGGAAACCAGUAUUGCGGUUGGUGGACAAAAGGGACAAGACAACUCUUUUACCAAUCAUUGAAAAACAUGUAAAAAGAGGCAGCAUCAUUCAUAGUGAUGAGUGGCGUGCAUACUCAGCUCUUUCAGAGAGAGGAUACCAACACCACACAGUGAACCACAGCAUUAAUUUUGUUAAUCCAUCGACAGGGGUACAUACACAAAACAUUGAAAGGGCAUGGGCAAACUUCAAAAGGGAAGUGUGGAGGUUGUGUGCAAACCGGUCAGAGAAGGCUCUCAAAAACCAUCUAAUAUAUAUAGAAUGGACUUACUGGUUAGGCAGGAGACACAGACGGGGGAUUCUCGAAAGGCUUUUGCAUGACAUCAGUCAGUUCUAUAACUGACUCUUUUUAUUUUUAUUUUUUAAGUUCAUGUUUCUAACCUUGUUGUGUU